GCGCGCACAAGGGCAAGGCGCACUACGACGGUUCACCGUAUUAACGCCGGACCACAGUUCUCUUUGUGCAUUCCAUCCAGGAAGCGAAAGAGCUCAAUCCGAGAGGACGCACUGUUUUACCGACUUCGACAGUUUCGAAUUCCUUUCGUGGUUUGGGCAUUGUGCAUUUCUGUUGUGGGAACUACCGUGAUAAUUUGCUGCGUGGAGAUCCUUCCAGUUUGCUCCUCGAGUGGAGAAGCGAGUCGAGACUUUCGUUGGAUUUGAUCGACAUCGUGAAGGGGUUUGGACGAGCGCAAAUUAAUCGAAACUUCGGACGAAACUGCAACUCUUGAACUCUCAGGCGAGCUUGUAGGUGAUUUCUACCUUUUGGCUGAGUUUUCACCAGAUUCUGACACACCCCCUGAAACGUCAAGGGCCAUCUUGUGAAUCAAUCGCAAUUCAUCGAUGACGGUGCGGUUUAUAACCGAACUGGAAAUCGAUUCGGCAAAUAAAAUAUCAGGCCCACCGAUCCAACACAAGCAUGUGGUGCUAAAUGACAGCAGUACGUCUGUUUGCUUAGUAGCAGCUUGCGCAGGCAGACAUUGAAAUAAUAAUACUCAUUCCCGAUACGAGUGGUAUUUUUUUCAAUAGCGAAGUAGACUUUGUUUGAUUUUUAUCACUGGGCACGAAAUUGUGGAGUAAACCGCGAGCGAGUUUAUUUACAGAAAGGGCAGUUUACCAAAGUUCAGCUGAGUAGCACGACUACAUGACCGGUAGUGCAUUUAGCACGUAGCGCCCGGGUUCAGCUUGUACGAGAACUGCGUUGGUAACACCAUUAUGUAGCCAUCAACGGCUACGCUGGAUAACGGACUUUUGGCAAUCGGUGCUCCCUCUGUGUUUUCGCGUCGACAGCGGAAUUUCAGCACCUCUCUCUCUAUCCCGCUAAGACAAACAGUUUCUCGUGAUUUAGCUGGGGGCACGUCAGGUCAACGAGUUGGUUCCAGAGGGAGAGAAAGACAGCGACAUACGCAUGUUGUGUAGCCUUCCACCCUAUUUGUGCAGAAUUCCAACAUCACAGGGUCGAAAGAAGGUAAAGUCAACAAUGCGUUGAUGUGCAGCCUGUGAAUAUACGAGUGAGUUUGCUGGUAGUCAUCUUGGUUUCACGCUGUGGCUGUAGCUGAACUGCUCGCUUUCAAAUGGAGGUGGGCCUACCUUUAAGACGGAAAUGCCAGGAUCCUGCAGUGUGAUGCACCUGUGACUGUAUUAGCAUAACAGGUGGCACAAGCAUUCACAUGAAUAUUGAGUGGUCACAUUUUGCGCGGAGAGUCAAUCUUGUUGGGUGGCGAAUCGCGCAGUUGCUGGCGUAGGUAGUGGUGAAUACAUGCGUCCUGUGCACACAAGUUUGCUUUAGCAGAGAGUUCCAUCUGCACCAUCGUGGAAGGAUUGCUCGUCUUGCAUUCACGCCGUUUCGAAUGUACUCACAUCUUGCCUUCUAGCAAAUCUGGGCAUCUUUAUGAAUACCAAAUCUCCUAACUGUGAGCGUUGAUAAGCAUUCCUCAAACCAUGGAACUCCUCACGAACAGGUUUCUUGUACUGCUCUGUCUGGGUGCUUCCGUCCAGUGCACCAGCGCGGAGGACAACACCAGUGCCAGCAAUGUGGAGUAUAUUCACGUGACGGGCCUGUUCCCCCUCUCCAGGAAGGAAGGGGAAAUCGGCCGUGGGGUCUUGCCGGCGGUGAAGCUGGCUCUCCAGCACGUGAACGACAGCGACAAGGUCUUGAGAGGCUACGAGCUCAAGACCAUCGACAUCGACACGGAGUGCGAUAUGGCGAAAGGAAUGAAGGCUUUCUUCGACUCACUAGCUACGGGCCCGCCCACGUACAUGGUCUUCGGUGGUGCGUGUCAAGCGGUCACGGAACCCAUUGCCGAGGCGGUGCACUUCUGGAAACUUGUUCAGCUUUCAUAUGGUGCUACUACUCCGGCCCUCUCCGAGCGCGAAAAGUACCCGUACUUUUUCCGCACCGUCCCCUCGGAGAUGGACAUCGGGUCGGCCAGACUGCGUCUCUUCAUGUACUUCAACUGGACUACCAUCUCCACCAUCCACCAGGACAUCUCGAGAUUCUUUUACGCACAAAACCAACAAGUUAAAAUGAUGGAAGACAACGGCAUUAAUAUCCUGACUGAGGCUGUAUUUGCAGAUGACCCGACCCCGGCCAUAACGAAACUCAAGGACGUUAAGGCCAGAAUUAUCGUUGGCUUCUUUGAUGAGAACAUGGCGCGAAAGGUCAUCUGUAAGGCGUUUAACGAGGGAAUGUACGAGACGACCCAUGUGUGGCUGUUGCCUGGAUGGUUCCAGCCCGAUUGGUGGCGCUCUGGGGACGAGUCAGACGGGUGCUCGCAGAGGGACUUGCAGCAGGCACUCCAGGGGUACAUCUCGACAGACUUGCUACCCCUCAGUGGAUCGGACGAGCCCACCGAAUCCGGAUAUACGCCGCAAGAGUACGAAAAAAUGUAUAACGAACUAAGGGGCAACGAAUAUUCAACUUUUCAUGGCUAUGCCUAUGACGGCGUGUGGGUCAUGGCCCGGGCGCUGGACAGCGUGCUGCAGGCGCUACGAUAUCGGGGAGAACUCGCCAGGUUCCAGGGCUUCAAUUAUUCGGACGACGUCCUGCUGGAGAUGUUCAGCAAGGCCAUGAACGACACCAACUUCCGCGGAGUAACGGGUAUUGUUCAGUUUCGAGGGGGUGAGCGGCUUGGCUCCACCGUCCAUAAGCAGCUCCAAGGUCAGGAGUUAGAGAAAGUGGCAGAGUACUACGCUAUCACCGACUCGCUCAACCUGUCGUCGGGACGAGGCUUCGAGUGGCCGGGCGGAGGUGAUAAGCCGCCCCGAGACACGCAGAUGACCGAAUAUGAACAGCUCAGUGUAUCGCUGGCUCUCUUUGGCGGUAUGUCGGCUAUCGCCAUAGCGGGAAUCAUCAUGGCCUUCGGAUUUUUGUUUUUCAACAUGCGAUACAGAAACCAGAGAUACAUCAAAAUGUCCAGUCCGUUUCUGAACAACUUCAUCAUCAUGGGUGGUAUACUGACCUACGUCAGCGUGGUGCUUCUCGGUAUCGAUCACGGUAUCUCGCUGCACUCCAAAGCAUACAAGGCCAUAUGCACGUCCCGGGCUUGGUUCUUGUGUCUCGGUUUCACGCUAGCAUUUGGUGCCAUGUUCAGCAAGACUUGGAGAGUCCACCGGAUCUUCACGAACAUCAAGAUGAAAAAGAAGGUUAUUAAAGAUGGGCAGUUGAUGGCCAUUGUGGGCUUCAUGGCAGUGAUCGACCUGAUCAUCCUGGUGGUGUGGCAGAUCGUAGAUCCCAUGAAACCCACAAGUCUGGAGCUCAGCUCAAGGAUGGACACCUCUGGCCGUGACGUCAUGAUUAUUCCUGUCAUGGAAACUUGUGUCAGUGCCAACAUGACGAUUUGGCUGGCGGUGAUUUACAUCUACAAGGGGGUCUUGAUGAUUUUUGGCCUGUUCCUGGCCUGGGAGACUCGCCACGUCAGCAUCCCGGCGCUGAACGACAGCAAGUACAUCGGCAGCAGCGUCUACAACGUCGUUAUCAUGUGCGUACUGGGCGUGGCUCUCUCCUCUGUCAUCAAGGACAAUCCCAACGCUUCCUACGGCCUGGUGUCAGUCUUUAUCCUCUUCUGUUCCACGGUGACCCUGUGUUUGGUCUUCGUUCCGAAGGUAAUCGAGAUGAGAGGGAACCCCAACGUGAACGAAAGGGUGAGGGUGGUGGGUACUAUGGACAAGUCCCGGUCGGCGUCGACGUCCAUUAACACUUUCGACACGGACCAGAAAUUCAAGUCGCUGUGCUCCGAGAAGAGGGAGCUGAAAUCAAAGCUGGACGAGCAAAACGAAAUGAUCAAGGAACUGGAGAAGCAACUCUUUGCCAUCGCACCCGACGAGGUCCCCUUACUCCUGCAGGAGGAAGAACAGGAGGGACGAUCGUCAGGGGUCGACACGCCCAAUUCCACCUGCUACUCCACCAAAUCUCAGAGAACGGAUACCUCAAAAGUGUGUGCCUCGCCGGGAAGUGUUCGAUUCUGCGUGACAGAGCCGACGUCGAGUGAUCAGUCCCAAAAAAACAGUACUCCGAGCAAAAGCCGAUGGGAGGCACCCCAGGAGUUCGCCCCAGAUGCUGGGGAUAAGUCUAGCCUUUAUCCCCUUGCAUUCGGCGGAGUCUACAUCGGUCCCCCCGUAACUCCCAUCACCAAGCCUUCCAGCACCCCGCCGGCCCGGCCGUCCAUUCCAUCUUCCAACAGCGCCCCCGUCUCGUUCAACAGCCAUGCCGUGACACAGGAGCCCGUCUCCAAGAGCAACAACGCUAGCCUGGAACGCAUUGCGCAGGUGCACCGACCUUUCAACGACUCCAGCGAUGAUGUCACACCGGAUGGCAGCAGUGAGGACCGAUCGAAUAAUAAUACGCCGCCCGAACUUGGAAUUAGCUACUCUUUCAAAAGCGCCCCCAACGAAGAGACGUCGUUUGUUUCAUUAACAAGAAAUCUUUUAGAUUGAUUAACCUCAACGAAAAGGUACAAUUGAUCAUAUAAAUAAACUAAAAUAAUCUUGUGGAAAAAUCACAUUUCGAAGAUUUGUGGGUCUGAUGCUGUGAAAGUUUUUAUCCAGUUAAUAAAGUCACUUUCUCUUGAGUACUUUGUAAAGAUGUAUCAAGUUCUGGUUUUUGCUUCCUUUCUGCAUCUAAAAGUCUCGGGGAAGUCUUUGUCUCUUUGUAGCAUGAAAUUCACCCAUGAGGUCAUCCGUUGUAAAUUUCUCUGUGUGCGCAAUUGUUUUAAAGCCUUUGUUAUCCGGAUUUCAUUGUCUGUGUUUUAAACAAUUUGUAUUUGCGUCUUUCGGAAUGUCAGCAGUUAUGAAUUUCGGCAAACAACUCUCGGAACCGUUCAGGUUAACUUAUAUUUACAAAACCUUCCCGAAUUUAAACCAAUGCCGAAGUCGUUACAAUGUUCUGAAUACCCGUUUAACGCAUCUAUGGGGAUGUAACUGUUAACGUGGAACAAUAAAGGAAGAUUUUAAUGCACGAGAAGGGUGCGGUCUUUGAAUAGCUACUGUUGAAAUUGGCAUCCUGCCAACGACCCCGUCCGAGUGUAAAACUCUGUACAUAAGCAUUGUUCUUCCUGUAUAGACACACGCCCAUUAUCGCACUGUCCCUUUCAGAGACGGCAAAAGUAUUUUCUUGUACAGCGCACCCGACGAGCAUCCUAUUAUCAAGCCCAACGUCAUUUACAGAGGUACUUGUACCUCUCGUGGAUAAUUUAAAAAAUGUAUUUCACUGCGAGGUGUCUAUAUAAUAAAACAUGAUUUUAUCCCCUUCAAAUUGGAGAGUUUUCUGUUCUCAAAAUUAUUUCUGAAAUAGGCAACAGAUCUCCAAUACCAAUAUUUUUUUCAUCUUUUGUCAAAGAAUAUAGCUUAUUAGGAGACAAAAUGUAAAUUUGGUGUGAAUUUAUGAUUAAAUUUUGCUGUUCAGAGUUUUAGGUAAUUUCCGGGAUGUACCACGUUUUAAUCCUUUUUUAAACGUUUUGAACCUUGCUAUUAUAUUUGAGGCCAAGUAUUUGUUGCUUGAGAGCUGCUGGCCACGACUAAGUGACGUCAUUGUCAUUUACCGUCGUUAUAGGUUUCUAAUCUCUUCUACGUUUUCAAAAUACAAGUACUUUAAAGACCAUGCUUUUUCACAAAUUACUAUUCAUUAAAAAAUUAAUCAUAAGAGAGUGAGAGUCUUUAUCAUUUAUUUAUUUUGACAUGAUAAAAUAUACCAAAUGACACGUGAUUUAACCCUGACAUGAUCUUUAUACUACCAUUAAGUAAACCUCUGGCAUUUCUCAACAUGCUUUAAAGCCAGCUCAGAAUCCCCUUGAGGCUUUUUUGCUACUUUGGGGACAAACAAAAAACCUCUCUCCCUGUGCAUCUUCCUCAAAAUUUUGUUUUACCGAAUUUGAUCUUUUUUAAAAGAUGGUGCAGAGUAUCAUAAUCUGCAAGAACGCAGGUAGAAGAGACAUAUUGCUGAUUUCCACAUAGGGGAUGGGCUAUUACACCCCCCCCCCCGCUUUUUUGGGGGAGUGGAGCAUUUAGAGUUUUUUUUAAUUUCCUGACAGUCCAAGUGUAUUUAAGUGCUUAAAAGGGAGAAAAGUUUACAGGGAGUCAGGUUGGCGGUCUGGGUUCGAAUCCGAUUCGGUCCACAUGUGGAUUGGGUUUUCACCGAAACAUUUUUCGGGGUUUUCCUCCAACCUCUAAAAUUUAACAUGUCUUCAUUGUCUUCUUCACUCAUUAUCAUCCUGUAAUUGGCGCUAAGUGCGCUGUUGGAUGAACAGAAUUAAAUAAGAAUAUCAAUACGCCAUUUUGAUGUAGGCUGACAUAAGAUGUACUUCUGCAUCAUGACUAGCGCCCUAGUGAUGUGGUGUCCAGCAACCAACCACCAACCCCCGGAGGCUUUUCAAAUUCCCACCGCUGGGCCUUUUUUAAAUUUAAGUUAACCUUACGCCACUGCUCCACUGGCACUUUUGGUUCUGUUUUGGUUUUGAGACAAUACAUGGAUAACUCCCCAAAUAGUUAACGUAAUAGUCACAGCCAGGGACCCUUGAAAGUCGACAUCGAGUAUAAUAGUGAUGGUUAAAACUUGUACCUUUGAUUGGGCGAGAAUAAAGAAUUCCAUGUCCACAAAAUGUA